UGGAAUAGAGACAUGUUUUCCAACUUCUCUUGGUAAGACUGAGAAAUUCAGCAGUAGUACUUCCUGAAACCAUCAAGAAGAAAAAUGUCAGUGACACUGCAUACAGAUGUAGGUGAUAUUAAAAUAGAAGUUUUCUGUGAGAGGACACCCAAAACUUGUGAGAAUUUUUUGGCUCUUUGUGCCAGUAAUUACUACAAUGGCUGUAUAUUUCAUAGAAAUAUCAAGGGUUUCAUGGUUCAAACAGGAGAUCUGACAGGUACCGGAAGAGGAGGUAACAGUAUCUGGGGCAAGAAAUUUGAGGAUGAAUAUAGUGAAUAUCUUAAGCACAAUGUUAGAGGUGUUGUAUCUAUGGCUAAUAAUGGCCCAAACACCAAUGGAUCUCAGUUCUUCAUCACCUAUGGCAAGCAGCCACAUUUGGACAUGAAAUACACAGUAUUUGGAAAGGUGAUAGAUGGUCUGGAGACGGAUGAACUGGAGAAGCUACCAGUAAAUGAGAAGACCUAUCGACCUCUUAACAAUGUACACAUUAAGGACAUAACAAUACAUGCCAAUCCAUUUGCACAAUAGCUAUAAUAGAUCUGGAAAAAUAUUUGGCCGACUAUUCAAG